AUGUCGACAAUCACCAUCGCGAACCUCAAUCGAAUGGACCGCGAUACCCUCGCCGGCAUGCUCCUCUCCCCAAGCAAUCCUUCAAAGCUUGCAAUAGUGGAUGUUCGUGAUUCAGAUCACAUCGGAGGUCAUAUCUUCUCUUCAAUCUGGUGUCCCAGCUCAACAUUAAGCCUCCACAUGGCAAAUCUCAUAAAUAAGCUGCGCGACAAAGAGAAAGUCGUGUUUUAUUGCGCACUAAGCCAGGAGCGGGGUCCCUCCGCGGCGCUCAGGUAUCUGCGAGAACGGGAGCAGGUUCUCAAUAAAGAAGAGUGUAAUAAGCAGACCGUGUAUGUCUUAGACGGCGGCUUUGUUAAGUGGCAGGAGAAACAUGGGGAUGAUAAAAGGUUGACGGCGGACUAUGUUAAGGAUCUCUGGGAUGACUAG